CAAGGAAAGGGCGCAGGGCCUCGCUUCCGAUGACUGAGCAUGCUCUGUCGUCUUCGGCCGUAAAACUUGACGAGCAGCUGUUUGCGCUGCUGAACCGGGGAGCAAAAACAACCACCUGCUGGGACCGGGCUGCGAGCGUUUGCGGCCUCGCACCGCCGGGGGAGAUUCUGUAAGCCUAGUAAUUACUCCCUUGCUAUUACAGAGUGCUGGGAAGUGCAGCAGUACAGGUCAAGCAGCUCGAUCUGCAAGGGGAGGCAGCCGCCUUGAAGAAGCACGCACACAGCAGACAUGGGAAAAUCUCUUUCAAUGCCUUUAAAUGCAUCUAAAGAAGAUGGGAUUUCAUCAUCUGACAACAUGAGGAAUGGAUUAAUGCACUCAGAAUCUCACAAUGAAGAUGGAAGAAAUGGGGAUGUGUCGCAGUUUCCAUAUGUUGAAUUCACAGGCAGAGACAGUGUCACAUGUCCCACUUGCCAGGGAACAGGGAGAAUCCCACGUGGGCAGGAAAAUCAGCUUGUUGCCCUGAUUCCAUACAGUGAUCAGAGACUGAGACCAAGAAGAACAAAGCUUUAUGUGACUGCUUCUGUAAUUGUAUGCUUACUACUUUCUGGGCUGGCAGUAUUUUUCUUAUUUCCUCGAUCUAUUGAUGUGGAAUACAUUGGAGUCAAAUCAGUAUAUGUCAGUUAUGAAGCACCGAGGCGCAUCAUAUAUUUAAAUAUUACGAACACAUUGAACAUAACAAACAACAAUUAUUAUUCUGUUGAAGUUGAAAACAUUACAGCCCAGGUCCAAUUUGCAAAGACUGUCAUUGGGAAAGCACGGCUGAGUAACAAUACCCACAUUGGCCCACUGGAUAUGAAACAGAUUGAUUAUAUGGUGCCUACAGUUAUACAAGAUGAAAUGAGUUACAUGUUUGAUUUUUGUACUUUACCCUCUAUCAAAGUACAUAACAUUGUAGUCAUGAUGCAAGUGACUGUGACCACUUCUUACUUUGGCCACUCUGAGCAAAUAUCACAGGAGCGAUACCAGUAUGUAGACUGUGGUGGAAACACAACUUACCAGCUGGGACAGUCGGAGUAUCUAAAUGUUCUUCAGCCUCCUCAGUAAAAGGAACAGAGCUACGCCUGUAUGAGGAAAGAAAAUGACUGUUGGUUCUUUCACUGUUCAUUUCAGUUGAACUUUUGAUUAUAUCUGUUACUGCUUAGAGGUGGAUGUAUAUAAUUUAGCAGUCCUGCAGGCGCCUGUACUUUGAGGCAGAAAAAGGACAAAUUGUACAUAAUCCCACUUGAUAACGUCUUCAUUUUCACUCUAAAUGUGUAAGUAUUUUGUCAAACUGUUGCAUUGGGGAAGGGGGAUCUUAAUUCAAUGAACUUGUAUUGAAACUUGGGUACAUGACUUAUAAAAGUCAGUGUGCAACCAUAUAAUUGUAUACAUGACGCUGUUACUAACAAGUAUGUAUUAGAGACUAACCUGAUGACACAGGACUUUCAGUUCCGUUGACUUUGUUUAGAUUAUGGAUUAAGCAAGGCUGGCCAUGUUGUAGCAAUUGAAGAUACAUGUUACUAACCUUAUAUGAGUUCAGUUUUCACUGUAUUGGGAAUUUUGUUCUAAAAAAAUUCGAUGACAGAUGAAGUGCUUGUUACUGCUGCCUUUCUACAAAAGACAUACAUUUGCUUGAAAGAGCUGGGUAAGUCGAUGAUAUGAAUACCACUUAAUUAGUGCAUUCUUACAGACUGAUGGGUACCAGAUGAGGAGUAAAAUACAACGCAUUUUUAAAAAAUACUUUUAAAAAAGCAAUCAAAACAAUACAUGCAAUUUAAUGCUCCAGUUUAUGGAAAACAAACAUUUUUUUCUGCAUUUUGUACCUUCCGUAUUCGUUGAUUAGUAAAAAGUACUCACCUGCUUCUCUGAAACUCCAAAUGUGCUUUGUAUUUGGGGGUUAAGUUCAUUUCACUGUAGCUUGGAUAAUAACUAAAUGUAGACUUUUGACAACUUGAUGUGAAGGUAAAAUACACCAGUCGUAACAGAGAACAUCUUACUAAAAUAGCCAUGUUUUCCCUUACCAGGUUUGAGAGUUGCUGUAGAUCAGGGAUGGGCAACCUCCAGGAGUUACAGGCCAUAUUCCCACCAACCCACUGGGUUGUGCACACCACUGCUGUCUAAAUCGCUGCUCCCACUGUUGAAAUUGCUGCAGUGGCAGCUAGAAAUACAUCAACUCUGCAAGGAAACAAAAGCAUACCGUGAGCACAUGUGUUGCUUGCAAGCAGAAUUUUGCUCAUUGCAACAAGGUAUGCGCUCCCCGCUUCUUUUCGUUCAUUGCAAAAUCGGCGCAUAUUUUGCUGCCACUGCAUCAAAUUUGGCAGGGUAGUGGGAGGCUGAAAUAACUACCAUGGGAGGGCCGUAAGCACCCCGUCCCUGCUGUAGAUCAAAGUAAUUAUCUUCUCUUAACCGCUUGUGUGUCUAUGUGCACAUGUGUAAUCAUGCUUGAUUUUAUCUUCAGAAGUCACAGAAUGAUUAGUGUGGUCCUAGUAUUGUUUGGCUUAAUAGUUCCUUCCCUUGCUGUUCUGGUAAUUCUGGGAGAGAAGCAAUCAUAAUGGCAAAAUGGCUGACAUGGUUAAUUCCUGUGUCAACAAUGCUGGCAAGUAACAUUAUUUGGCACUUGUCUGUGAUUGUUUCCCUUGUAAGAGACCUGAGUGAUCUGUCAAGCAGCUAUACUAUAGCACAGCCUUCCUUAACCUGGGGCACUCCAGAUGUGU